AUGAAAAGUGGUGAAAUUAGCGUUGUCCAAAUGGAACAAGGAGAGGCGAAAGGGAAAGCCAUGUUGGCCGGGGAAGUUGGACACGAUGGUAGAAGUCGAGGCGGUUACAAAAAAGGUGUGGCAAUAUUUGACUUUGUUCUUAGAAUAUGUGCAUUCGCAGCUGCCUUAGCUGCGACAGCCACCAUGGGCACUACCGAUCAAACUCUACCUUUCUUUACCCAAUUCUUCCAAUUUCAAGCCAGCUACGACGAUCUCCCCGCUUUCGAAUAUUUUGUGGUGGCCAUGGCUAUUGUGUGUGGAUAUUUGGUUCUUUCCAUGCCCUUCUCCAUUGUGUGCAUUGUUAAGCCACAUAUUGUGGCUCCAAGGCUACUCUUAAUCAUCCUUGACACUGUGGUUCUUGCAUUUGCCACAUCAGCUGCCAGUUCAGCAGCCGCCAUAGUACAGUUGGCACAUGAAGGCAACCCGAGUGCCAACUGGCUUCCAAUUUGUCAACAGUUCGACGAUUUUUGUCAGAAGGUUAGCGGUGCUGUCGUUGGCUCAUUUAUUGCGAUUUUGAUUUUGAUAUUUCUUAUUGUUUUUUCUGCGGUGGCACUAAGAAAAUAG